AUGGUGCGUAGCUUAUCGCAGUGGACGAAGACCCUCAGCUUUCCAGCGAGGUUGUCUCCCAACCGCACGUCUAAGGAGAGCGUCGGGAAUGGCCAAUCCUCCCCAGGAGUGUCGCCAACUCCUAGCGCCUCAUCGCUCCCCCAGAGCUCGGAUAAAACUAUCACACCAAUACCUAUCACCGAGAUCAGCCAAAUUAUAUAUCCAGAUCCCGAGUCUGAAAAGGCUAUUAUGGGAUCGGUGGUGUACUGUAUCCACCACAAGGAAGGAUGCCAAUGGUCGGACGAGCUACGCAAAUUGAAGGCGCAUUUGAACACGUGCAAGCACGAUGCGGUGCUCUGCGCGGCACAGUGCGGUGCGAUGAUCCCGCGCGUGUUGAUGCAAGAUCACUUGCGCUACACCUGCCCCCGCCGCCGCGCCAACUGCGAGCAUUGUCACAAGGAAUUCUCAGGGAGCGCCUUAGAGGAACAUCAAGGAAACUGUGGUCACGAGCCAGUUUACUGUGAAAACAAGUGUGGAGCUAAGGUCCAGCGCAGACACACACAGCAGCACAUCCAACAGCACUGCAGUAAACGACUAGUGCCUUGUAAACACUGCGGGCAGAGUUAUACACAGGACACAGUAUCAGCUCACGGAGCGUCAUGCGCCCGCGCCCCAGUAGCAUGUCCUCAACGUUGUGGAGCCAGUGGCGUGCCCCGCGCGGACCUGGCUGCUCAUCUGAGGGACCACGCUGCCGCUGCUGCAGCAGCUGCCUUACCUUGCUCGUUCAGAGAUGCUGGGUGUAGAUUUAAGGGGACAAGACAAGCUCUAGAAAAACAUACGGAAGAAAGUUGCCAGCAGCAUCUAGCCCUCGUGUCAGCUCUCGCCAGCCGUCAAGCGCGACAACUAGACUCCUUGCGAGCAGCAGUAGCGAGAUUGUCAGUCAACUGUUCUGGUGCACUUGUAUGGCGCAUCAGCGACUGGGCUGCCAAAAUGGCUGAAGCAAAGUGCAAAGACGGUGUCGAGCUUGUGUCCCCUGCGUUUUACACCAGCCAAUACGGAUAUAAGUUGCAGGCAUCACUAUUCCUCAACGGCAACGGAGCUGGCGAAGCUACCCACAUGUCAGUCUACAUUAAGAUCCUCCCUGGAGAAUAUGACGCUCUCCUACGCUGGCCUUUCGCUCACACGGUCUCCUUCACCCUAUUUGACCAGAGUUCAAGCCCAGACAGAGCCUGCAACAUUGUGGAGAGCUUUGUUCCAGAUCCCACGUGGAAGAACUUCCAAAGACCUUCAAAGGAACCUGAUGCGUUAGGUUUUGGGUUCCCAAGGUUCGUUUCCCACGAAAUGCUCAAGAAGAGGAACUUCAUCAAGGACGAUGUGAUGUUCUUAAGGGUGAAGGUAGAUCCCAGCAAGAUUGUAGCUGUGUAG